GCGCUUGCGCAGAACCUCCGCACACCACAUUCCCCGCUUCUGCUCGCUCCUAGAGUGUAGGCAAACAUCCGCAAGAGAAAUUCUUGAUUUCUUCAUUUUUCUCGACUCAAAUUUGCAAGUAUACGCGCUUUUUAUGUGUCCAUUCCUCUGUAGGAGUGAUAAUUUGGUCGCCAAUCUGCAUUAAUCCCCAGUGCAAUAGAUGCUGAUUCCCUCACCAUGGCAACAGAGGACAAGAAACCAGAGACUGAUACCAAACCUCCAGUUAUUCCAUCAGCCAGCCAAAGCAAGUCUGCUCCUGCAAAGCCAAACUACAGCUUGAAAUUCACACUAGCGGGACACACUAAAGCCGUGUCCUCUGUCAAAUUCAGCCCAAGUGGAGAAUGGCUCGCCAGCUCUUCUGCUGAUAAACUCAUCAAAAUCUGGGGAGCCUAUGAUGGCAAGUUUGAGAAAACCAUAUCUGGACAUAAACUUGGAAUAUCGGACGUGGCCUGGUCUUCUGACUCCAACCUCCUGGUGUCUGCGUCCGAUGACAAAACCCUGAAGAUCUGGGACGUCAACUCUGGGAAGUGCUUAAAAACUCUGAAAGGUCACAGCAACUACGUGUUCUGCUGCAACUUCAACCCGCAGUCCAACCUCAUCGUGUCGGGAUCAUUUGAUGAGAGCGUACGGAUAUGGGACGUGAAGACCGGGAAGUGUUUGAAAACGUUGCCGGCUCAUUCUGAUCCUGUGUCCGCUGUCCAUUUCAACAGGGACGGCUCCCUGAUAGUUUCCAGUAGCUACGACGGCCUCUGUCGAAUCUGGGACACGGCGUCCGGGCAGUGUUUAAAGACUCUCAUUGACGAUGACAAUCCUCCCGUGUCGUUUGUGAAGUUUUCUCCCAACGGGAAAUACAUCCUGGCUGCUACUCUGGAUAACACGCUCAAGCUGUGGGACUACAGCAAAGGAAAGUGCCUGAAGACGUACACGGGCCAUAAAAACGAGAAAUACUGCAUAUUCGCUAACUUCUCUGUCACCGGGGGGAAGUGGAUCGUGUCGGGCUCGGAGGACAACAUGGUUUAUAUCUGGAACCUGCAGACGAAGGAGAUCGUGCAGAAGCUCCAGGGCCACACAGACGUCGUCAUCUCGACCGCCUGCCACCCAACAGAGAACAUCAUCGCAUCCGCAGCUUUAGAAAACGACAAAACCAUCAAGCUAUGGAAAAGCGACUGCUAAACCCCCACGUUUUUGUUUUGUUUUGGGGGGGGUUAUUCAUCUAUAUAUAUUUUUUUCCUUCUCCAUUGUGUUGUAAGAUAAAAAGACCUUUUUGUAAAGAGCUCCUGAUGGAUGCAGCAAGUUUUGAGUUCAUGAAAUCCCGCGAGGGGAACUCCGCGGCGGACACUCGUCUCACCUCACCUGACACUCGUCAGCUUCUGUCUCAUUAAACGGUGACUUGUUUUAAAGAAUUGUUCUGGUGUUUCAGUAUUUUUCACAGCAUUUGCUUCACAACAGCUCCUGUCCAGUAAAUGUAAUGGUUACUGCUCCUUUGAUUUCUUUAACGUAGUCUCAAACUGUAAAGCGUUGUUUGAUCUUCACACCAGGCUUUGAUUAAAAAAAGACGAGAAUUAAUUUCUUUUACAAAUAAUACCAACGUUGCUAAGUUUCUUCAAAUGUCGAGCGUGAAGCAGAAUGCCUCACAAAAAGACUUUAAAUCAGUAAAUACGUGAAUGAGGGAUAAAAGCUUUUGUCCCACUUAAAACAAUUUUAGUGUAUUAACACAACAGCAACCUGAUGUUACUGUGCUGUAGUAUUUGUACAUAUUACACUGACAUGUACUGCUUUUUAAUGCUUGCUUCUCUCGUAGCCGUGCACAUGAAGCCAGCAGCAUCUGUUGUCUGUAGUUCACCUGGUUUUUGUGGAUUUGUUUUGCGUUUGACAGCUAUAACCUGCAAAUGAAUAAAAUCGGUUUUGUAAAUUUAA